ACAGAAUAUAUUGUUUCUAGAUUGAAUGCAAUUUUCAGAAAUAUUAAAUUUAUUAUGGUAAUUAUGCUAUUUUACAGGAGUUUGGAGCAUAAAUAUUGUAGAACAGAUCUUAAUCUAUCAUUUAGUGUACAUUUAAUGCUGCAAAGAUAAGGAUUUGAUAUUAUUUUAUUGAUUAUCCUGUUGAAACUUUUACAAAAUUCCAUUUUUGGUCACGAAGUAACGGACCGAUUAUCAAACUAUCUUAAUAAAAAGAACAAUUUAUGCUUAAAUAAGUAACUUAAUGGAUUGGAAAUAAAAAAUUACAUCAGAUAAACUGAAAACCUUGUUAGGUUUAUUGGAAAAUUUCGACAAAAAUUCAUUUGAAGUCAAAUUUUUUGCAAUUUAUCUUAUUGAGAAUUGCCCAAAAAUAAGUUUUAGCAAUCACGGGGCUUUUGACAGUGUAAAUAACCGGUACAUGUGAGGCUGCCUGAAAAUUUUGUAAGCAAGCUUUACAAACUGUAGUCCGACUGAAUUAAAAGUUUUUUUAUAUUUUUUAUUUUUUAAAUUGAAUAAAUCAAAAAAAAAUGUUUAUUAAAUUAUAAUAAUUUUAAAUUUGGAUUGAUAAGGAUUAAUUCCACAAAAAUAUAUAAAUAUAUAAAAAAAAAUCAAUAUUAAAGCUGUAAGAAAAACGUGAAAAUAUAAAUAGUGCCAAAGUGAAUGUUUUUUUUUUGAUUUUUAAAUAAUGUCGGACUUAACAAUUGUGGAAAUAGCUGAUGUUUCAUUGAAUAUCAACAAACCAGAUUUGAUUUUAGAGGAAAACAACAAAAGGAAGCUUACUAGUGACGAUGAAUUGGUGGAUUCAAUGGCUGAGAAGAAAAUAUGUCGAGACACAGAAAAUUUUGAUGAUUCAAUGUUAGUGGAAUCUACUAUAGAAGAAAGCAUAAUUGAUGAAAGCCAAUUAAUUGAUGAUGAUAACGAUGUAAUAGAAAAAAAUCGUAUUGACAACAAGGAAAAUGAUGUAGUAGAAAGUAUAAAUCAAGAUUCAUCGUCAAUAAUAGAAGAUGAAACAAGGGAACAACAUACAAUCAAUGAAACUAGUAGUGAAGAAGAUGACGACGAAAACUACGAUAAUUCUGUAAUGAAAAAAGCUAUAAAUGCAUUACCUAAACCAUUAUUAUUAACAGAAAACGAUGAACCGAUCGCACUUGAUGAUUCGGAAUCAGAAUGUUCAGAAAAUAUCGAGGAAAUCAAUGAGGAGCAGGUUGAAGAAGACGAUUCUUUAUUAUCUUUGCAUAAAAGAAUGAUGCGAUACAAUCCAAAAUUUUAUUUUGCUCGUGGAUUGGUUAAAAAAUCUAUAAGAAUAAUUUUACGAAAAACAAAACGCAACAUAAAAAAUACAAAAAAAUUGUUUAAAAAGUAUGAUAGUGGUGAGUGUUCUAUUCAAAUAAUUGAAAAUGUUGAAAGUAAAAAUAUAAAUGUAAAAAAAGAUUUAAAAGCCAGUAAUCCACAAGAAACGGAAGUCAAUGAUAAAAAUGCCGAAGAAAAAAUUUUCAAUGGUAAUAAAGGUUCAACACUUGAUUUAAAUAUUGAUCAGAAAAUGAAGAAUGAUAAAAACGAUGCUGAAAAUAAAAUACAGCAUGAUGUUGAAGUCGAAGAUAAGAAUAAAGGAAUUAAUAAUAAGUCAGAAAGUCCUAACGUGCUAGAAAUUAAGAGUUUACUGAAUGAUAUUUCGACUUCAUCAGUAGACGAAAUUAUAUCGAGAUACAUAAUCUGUAGUUCUGACAACAAUUCAAUUUUAUCAGUUGAUGAUUUUUCUGAGCAACUUUUUUUUUGCUUACAAGAAAAUAAAAGAGAAAUUGAUAAUAUUCAACGCAUUUGGAAUGAAAAAGUUCAUUUAAAGUUUAAAAUGCGAGAAAUUAUGGAGAGACUAAGACGUCAACGAGUUAUAUCUGAAAUCGAAACUUUUGGCAUAAAACCUUCACAUGAUGUUCAGCAAUUCAAUUUGUUAAGUUCAAAAUCAAGCACAACCAAUUCAACCGAAAAUGAACAUUUUGAGAGAUCAUCAAAAUUAUCGUCUCAGUCAGUAAAUCGUUUAAUUCAAGAUGUAAGGGAAAACGUUCUUAAGAAGGAAAAGCAUAAAAUUAACGACAUUGUAUCUAAUAUGAAUGAAAAUUAUGAAGAAUGCACAUCGUUUGGAAUCAAUUCCAACAUAUUUCAGUCGUCAUUAAAUCAAGGUCGCCAAGGACAGACAGUCGAUGUUCAAUCAAUCAUUAAUGAUUUUAGACAGAAAAAUCCUCAAGAAAUUCCUAGACGUGGUCGUCGUAUGAAGAGCAGUUUUCCAAAUAAUUAUUUUAUGUCAAAUCAAAUUCAAACACAAUAUACCAAGGAAGAUGACAAUAAAAUCAACAAUAGCCCACAUGAUCAUAAUUCUGCAAAAUCAAACACUUCUGUUGGAUUUCCGGAAGUUAGUUUAUUACCAGUCAAUAGCUAUUAUAAAACUCAUUCACCUCAAUAUGGACAAAAGUCUUCAUUGUUGCAAAGUAUCUUAACAAAGCAGCCGAAUAAAAGUACACAGUCCAGCAAAUCUUCAACUCUGGCGAGACUAUUAACAGCACCAGAAAAAUCAUUUCAAAAUUCAUCACGAAGUGGUAUUCAACAGAACUCAAAGGUUCAUAAUAAUGGCGAAAUAACUAUAACGCCAAUUGCAGGCUCUUCAAGGAGACACAUAAUUGAUGAUGAAGAAAAUUCAGAGCCACCAUUAAUUAUUGAUGAAUCAGAUGAUUUUGAUUUGAGUGAUCGUCAUAAUACAAGCGCUUCAGAUCUUUUAUGUCAAGGAUGUCGAAGAAAUAAAGCCCUAUUUAUGUGCGCUGGAUGUUCAAGGCAAUGGUAUUGUAGUAAAGAAUGUCAAGAAUUGGCAUGGGACGAUCACGCAGAAUCAUGUAUGGUUUAAUAUUAGCAGCACUUGAUGUAAAUUUUGAUUUUAUUUUUAUACCAUUUAAAAAAAUAAUAUAUUACCACAUGAAAAAUAAACAAAUAUCUAAAAUAAAAUAAAAAUUUUCCUUUUUAUUAAACAAUAAAA